CCCACACCUGACAGAAAAGCGCCACUAAAACCCUAGCCAUCCGCCAUGUCCACCUCCCCAGCCGCCUCAUCCUCCGCUCCGACCGCCUUCGCCGCCUCUGCGGUUACGAUGGCUGCCGAGGCCGCCGACGGGCCGGUGCUCAGCGUAGUAUCGAAGCGUCUCCGCGCGCUGCGGAAGAAGUACAAUCGCAUCACGCAGAUGGAGGAGUCGCUCGCCGCCGGCAAGUCGCUCAACCGAGAGCAGGAGGAGGUUCUCCGCUCCAAGCCCGUCGUCGCUGCUCUGAUCGACGAGCUCGAGCGCCUCCGCCCCCCGCUCGCAUCAGCUCUCGCGGAGGAGCUCUCCUCCCGCUCUGCCCCCGCCCCCGCCGCCACCGCUUCCUCCUCCGACUCAGAUUCGUCAGUCCAGGACCUCCUCGCGCUCGUCUACUUUGGCUCCCUCUUCGAUGUCAAGCAACAAAGCGACUUCGUCUCUUUGGUAUACACGCGCGAGCUCGAGCGGAGCAGCUGCCUCACUUAUGACUACGUCGGGGAUGAUCCGGAAGACAGUCUCGUGGAGACCGAUCUGAACGCCGUUUCUGCCCUUGCCACCCUCGCGGCGUCGCGCCCUCCUGCUGCAGCUGGAGUCUCUCACCGUGAUGCCCUCCAGGCUUGUGCCCAUCACGCCCGCCUCUGGCUCAGCCGUGCGGAUGAACCCAUCCACCCUGACUCCACCAUCACAUAUGCUGGGGUGAGGGCAAAGCUGGAUAGAAUCAUGGCAUCGGGCUACUACACAGCUCAGCUAGAAAUGAGGACACCAAUGGAUCUGGCUGCUGCAGUGGCAAACUUUGGAGCCGGAGGUGUGCAGGUGCAAGAGAGCAUGGUUGUGUCGCCUCAGGCACUGGAAGCAGUCGAGGAGAGCCAGGAUGUUGAAGAACACAAGGACGAGAAGGAAGAUUCUGAGGCUACAGAAAUCUACAGUGAGCAUCAGGCUCCUGUUGUUGACGCUGAACAUGUGGAUGAUGAAGGCCUGGUGAACCCAGCUGAUGAAGUUCCUUCAGCUGAGGCAGAGCAGGAGACACUUGACGAUUAUGUGGACGAUCAGGAACAAAAAGACCAACAAUUCACCCAGCGGCGCUCUUACCAGAACCAGCGUAGUGGCGGUGGUCGUGGUGGUGGCAGGAGGGGCUAUCCUAAUGGUCGUGGAGUGCGUGGGUACCAGAAUGGCCGAGGUGGCGGGUACCAGAAUGGCCGAGGUGGCGGUGGAUACCAGAAUGGCCGUGGCGGAGGCGGUGGGUACUACGAAUCUGGAUACUACCAGCCGAGGAACUACAACAACAGAGGCCGGGGUGGUCGCAACUCUUAUUACAACAACCAUGGUGGAGGUGCACAGGCAGGCGGCCAUGGCCAUCCUGGGAGGGUUGAGCUGGGUGCAAACGCCUAGCUCGAGCUGACUGUUUUGUUUGAGGAGCAGAGGUCGGGGGGAGCCAUUUUGUUAUUAUAGAACUAACUGAGCCUGUUAUUUCUUUUUUGCUACUCGCAUAUGGAAAUGCUUUGGGGAAGUAGUUUCAGGUCGACUUUGUUCUUCUAAGUUACGUCUAUUAAUCGUGUUAAUAUGCCCUUAUUUCUUAAUUAUUAUACUCUGCUGGAGGCGUCGAUGUCGUCACCAGAUUGUCGUU